AUGAUUGACAUCGAGACACGACUUGAAGGAAAUCCAAUUUAUAUGACCUUCGUGUAUGGUAACCCUGUAGUAAGAUACCGCGACCAGGUUUGGGAACGGUUGUCUCGCAUGGGUACUACACGGUCUGGUGCUUGGUUUAUGAUUGGAGAUUUCAACGAAAUUACAGAAUUGAAGGCUAAAAUUGACUUAGCACAAGACGAGGAUUCCACCACGUCAGAGGAACUAGAGGCCCUGCAAAGACAGUUAUCCAUGGCCUUUAAAGAAGAAAAUACCUACUGGGAACAAAAAAGCAGGAAUCAAUGGCAUAAACAUGGUGACAGAAAUACAAAGUUUCAUCACUCUACUACCAAACAAAGGAGAGCCCAAAACCGGGUCAUUAGUAUCAAAGAUAAAAAUGGAAAGCUGGUGGAGAGCGAAAUCGAAGUUGAGAACGUAGCUGUUCAAUACUUUCGAGAUCUUUUCUCCACCUCUCUGCCAACACAGAUUGAUACUUCUCUUCGGUUUAUUUCCGAAAAGGUGUCUAGUGAUGACAACAGAGAUCUAUUAGAAGAACCCUCGGAAAAAGAAAUUAAAAAGGCUCUCUUUGACAUCAAUCCGGAUAAAGCACCAGGACCCGAUGGCAUGACUAGCAAACUCUUUCAGAAGUUUUGGCGAGAGAUGCGGCAAGACAUUAUCCGUCUUGUCCGGGAUUUCUUUGCCACAGGGAGUUUUGACCCUUUGAUAAAUCAGACAAACAUUUGCCUCAUCCCAAAAAAAAAGAAACCUCGCGACAUGACAGAAUUCCGACCUAUCAGCCUUUGCAAUGUCAGCUAUAAAAUUAUUUCCAAGCUUCUUUGCAAGAGACUCAAGAGGGUUACCCCGAAUCUGAUUUCGGAGACACAAUCAGCCUUUGUGGCAAAGCGUUUGAUCACUGAUAAUAUUCUGAUAGCACAAGAAAACUUCCACGCCUUACGAACGAACCAAAGGUGCCGUGAAGAUUUUAUGGCAAUAAAAACAGACAUGAGCAAAGCUUAUGAUCGAGUGGAAUGGAGCUUCCUUGCCUCUUUAAUGAUAAAGAUGGGCUUUGAUGAAAGAUUGGUUGAUCUCAUUAUGUGUUGUGUCACAUCGGUCUCAUAUCAAGUCUUAAUCAACGGCCAACCGAAAGGAAGGAUUCUACCUAGGAGAGGUCUAAGACAAGGAGACCCUCUCUCCCCGUUCUUGUUUAUCAUGUGUACGGAAGCCUUGAUCUCACUUUUGAAUGGAGCGGAAGCGGAAAAUAAAUUAACGGGACUGCGUGUUUCCCAUGCAAGCCCAAGGAUAUCUCACCUUCUAUUUGCGGAUGACAGUCUCUUCUUUUGCAAGGCAGAGACGAGCCAAUGCAAAGAGAUUAUAGACAAUCUUGAAAUUUAUGGGAAUGCAUCAGGACAACGACUGAAUGUGGCGAAAUCUUCGAUGUUUUUUGGGAACCGAGUGGAGCCCUCUCGGAAGCAAGAAAUAAAAAAUGUUCUAGGCUUCUCGACCGAAGGGGGUAUGGGGAUGUACCUUGGCUUACCAGAACAUAUCGGAGGUUCGAAGAUGAAGGUUUUCUCCUUUGUACAAGACCGGUUCAAUGGACGGGUUAAUAAUUGGUCAUCGAGACUCCUUUCUAAAGGGGGAAAAGAAGUGCAGAUAAAAGCAGUGGCACAAGCUGUCCCGACUUACGUAAUGUCGUGUUACUUGCUUCCACAAGGCAUUACCGACAAACUGAAGAGUACUACGUCAAAUUUCUGGUGGAGCUCCAAUCAGAACAGCAGAGGACUACAUUGGAUUGCAUGGGACGAGAUCUGUACCCCCAAAGAUUCGGGGGGACUAGGUUUUCGCGAUUUCCAUGACUUCAACUUAGCGCUUCUUGCGAAACAAUUAUGGAGACUGAUCCACUACCCAAAUUCGUUGAUAGCAAGGGUUUUAAAAGGGAGAUACUACAGACAUACCUCCCCACUUGAUGAGCACCAGACUUACUCACCAUCUUAUGGAUGGCGUAGUAUCAUGGCUGCAAGACCCCUUCUCACUUUGGGCCUACGAAGGACGAUCGGCACGGGUGGUGACACCAGGGCUUGGACUGAUCCUUGGGUCCCAGAUAUAGUUGCACGAGCACCUAGACCUGCUGAUCAUAUUGUUUACAGACUGCCCCAGCUUCCUGUUCAUGCCUUUAUUAGGAAUGAUACCAAGGAGUGGAAUGCACAGCUUUUAAAGGAAUUUUUCCACCAAGAUGACAUACCUCUGAUACUUGGUUUGAAACUUUCACACUCGGAUACCCCCGAUGGGUAUAUAUGGAAUCAUACGAAAUCCGGUGUUUAUUCUGUUAAAACCGGAUAUGAUCUUUUGAGUUCAGAAAAACUAAACCUUACACGAGGAGGAGCUACAGAACCGAGUCUAACGGGCUUUCAGAGCCAUGUAUGGAAGAUUAAGGCUCCAAAUAAAAUCAAGCAUUUCUUGUGGCAAGCGAUCUCCGGCUGUGUGGCUACGGCGGAAAGACUCACUUAUAGACACCUGGGCACCGAUAGGAGUUGUCCUAGAUGUGCUGGCCCAGUGGAGUCAAUUAAUCAUCUUCUUUUUGAGUGCCCUCCCGCCCUUCAAGUUUGGGCUUUGUCGGACUAUCCGUCCCUUCCGGGUUACUUCCCGAGUACAUCUAUCUACCAAAACUUAAACUUCCUUUUUUGGAAGCGAAAAGAGGUGGCUCCGUCGAGACCACAAGUCGAUACCUUCCCAUGGAUCUGCUGGUACAUUUGGAAGGCCAGAAACGAUAAGGUUUUUAAUGGAAAGGAUGUCUCUCCUGUGGAUACCCUUCGGUAUGCUAUUGUAGAGGCAGACUGUUGGAAGAAAGCCAACGAGGAGAAAGAUGAGGACGACGACUAUGCUGAUCCGAUAUCCCCGGAUACUGAGACGGUGCCUCCUUGGAUACCCCGAAUCCCUGUCUGCCAAAUUGAUGCCUCAUGGAUCAACAAUGGCAGGGUCAGUGGCUUAGGAUGGUGUUUUAAGGAUGGAAUGGACAGAGAACAUUUUGGGUUACGUGCUUGUCAUAGGAGUCUUUCGGCUCUCCAUGCGGAGAUGGAAGGAUUACUAUGGGCGGCCACCUGCCUGCGAGACAUGAGGAUGAGAUCCGUACGGUUUGAAACGGAUUGUAGGGACCUCGUGGAGAUGAUGGCCAACCCGACGGACUGGCCAGCCUUCGCGACUAACAUAGAGGAAUUCCAAAGACUCCAGGGAGACUUUGAGGAUGUGAGUAUCUCUCAUAUUCCGAGAAGUCGGAACGAGCGAGCGGAUGCUCUAGCCAAGAGUGCACGGUCCAGAGGAUACCUCUUUUCCCACAUAGAUCAGACCCAGACAGAUGGAGAUACUCCUAGGAGGAUCGGCUCGUCUGCUCUCCAAUUGAUCUAG